CACCGUGUUAGCCAGGAUGGUCUCGAUCUCCUGACCUCGUGAUCCGCCCGUCUCGGCCUCCCAAAGUGCUGGGAUUACAGGCUUGAGCCACCGCGCCCGGCCUGGUUCAUCCCAACUCUUUGGGCACAGUUGAAGUUCGUGUGUGCAAAACUGUCUUGCAUGGCGAGGAAGAGGAAGGCUGGGAAGUGUGUGGUGGGUUGGGAGCAGCACCCGAGUACCCUGAGGGCGGGAAGAAGGUUUCAGGCCUCAGUGUGCUCAGUGGCCAAGCCGGGUGGGACCUGAAAGAAAUCAGUGUGAGAACUCAGACAGGAAGCGGAGAGCCCCGCCGCAUGGCCCUGCCAAGCCUCCAGUGCACCGAGUACUCAGCAGACGGUUCCUAGGCCUUGUGUGACCCGGGGCUCAGACGCCUUGGUGUCUCUCAUGGAGGACUGCACACGGUGUGGAGAGAAGCUUGACAGCUGCAGUAUCAGGUGAUCUAUGAUGUCAUUAAGGGCAGGCCCUAAAAUUAGGUGGCACGUAGGGAAGGCUUCCUACAGGAGGGCACACCAGGAUGGGUGUUGUAGCUUCACUGGAUUCCAUCGGGGCCGGAAUGGGUGUGUGCCAGCACGUGCACAGACCUGGAUGUCUGGGCUUCAUCCGUCGAGAGGACCUACAGGCGCGGGCAUGGAGCAGGAGAGCAGGGUGCAGGACUCGAAGGCCUCGGUUGCCAGGCCGAUGCCGGGCCAAGGGCCUGGGUUGGUUCUAGCCUUGAUGGACACGGUUGGGCCUGUAGCCAUUUGUUCAUUUAGCUUACAUUUCCUGAGGCCUCCCGCGUGCCCCACUGUGGUGGGCAAGCCUGGGGGUGAGAGAGGACUCAGACCCCAUCCCGGCCUUGGGGGAGAUAGGGUCAGAGACCACACUUCAGAGGGACAGGGCCCUCAAGACCCUCAGAGGAGCGCUCAGUCUCCACACACGUCCCCUGCAGCAACGAUCAGCCUCUCACAACCGUGUGACCGGAAGAAUGGUGGCAACCACAGCUGCCCUUGAGGAGAGGCCAUCCCCAGGCCACAGCCCAUGUGCGACAGAUGCUGCGACGCGACUGCAGAUCAGGCGGAGGAGAAACGAGAGUCUGUGUGUGUUAGUUUUCCGGGCUACUGUAGCAAAGUAUGAGAAACUGGCCAGAAGAAUGGAAAUUGAUGUCUCAGGGUCCUGGAGGCUGGAAGUCCAAAAUCCAGGUGGUAGGGCCAGGCUGUCUCUGAAACCUUAUAGGGGAAGGGCCCUUCUGCCUCUCCUGGCGCCUGGUGCGCCCAGAACUUCCUGGCUGAGGCUGCAUCACUCAUCCUCACGUGGCCUCUCCCUGUGUCUCUUUGUGUCCCUGUGUCUUCCCUCUGUGUGUGUGUCCAUGUCCACGUUUCUCCUUUUCACAGAUACCAGCCAUAGUGGAUUAGGGCCUGCAGUUUAACUCGAUUACCUGUGUAAAGAUCUUUCCAAAUCAGGUCACCUUCUGAGGUUCAUGGGUGGGGGUGGCGAGAGCUGCAGCCUCAUCGCGGAAGGACUCAGCACAGCCUUGCAGCUGUUUGAUGACUUCAAGAAGAUGCGUGAGCAGAUUGGCCAGACGCACCGGGUCUGCCUCCUCAUCUGCAACUCGCCCCCAUACCUGUUGCCUGCUGUUGAGAGCACCACGUACUCUGGAUGCACAACUGAGAAUCUGGUGCAGCAGAUUGGGGAGCGGGGGAUCCACUUCUCCAUCGUGUCUCCACGGAAGCUGCCUGCACUUCGGCUUCUGUUUGAGAAGGCAGCCCCCCCGGCCUUGCUGGAACCGCUGCAGCCUCCCACAGAUGUGAGCCAGGAUCCAAGGCACAUGGUGCUGGUUCGGGGGCUCGUGCUGCCUGUUGGGGGUGGCUCAGCCCCAGGCCCCCUCCAGCCAAAGCAGCCAGUCCCCCUGCCUCCUGCUGCACCCUCUGGUGCCACUCUAUCAGCAGCUCCCCAGCAGCCUCUGCCUCCCGUCCCCCCGCAGUACCAGGUUCCCGGGAACCUGAGUGCAGCUCAGGUGGCCGCCCAGAAUGCAGUGGAGGCCGCCAAGAACCAGAAGGCUGGGCUGGGCCCUCGCUUCUCGCCCAUCACCCCCCUCCAGCAAGCUGCUCCCGGAGUGGGUCCCCCCUUCAGCCAGGCCCCAGCUCCCCCACUACCCCCAGGACCCCCUGGCGCCCCCAAGCCACCACCUGCUUCCCAGCCCAGUCUGGUCUCCACCGUGGCCCCUGGCUCCGGUCUGGCUCCCACAGCGCAGCCCGGGGCACCGUCCAUGGCAGGCACUGUGGCCCCAGGAGGGGUGAGUGGCCCUUCCCCAGCCCAGCUAGGAGCCCCAGCCCUCGGUGGGCAGCAGUCAGUCUCCAAUAAACUUCUGGCAUGGAGCGGGGUCCUCGAGUGGCAGGAGAAACCCAAACCUGCCUCAGUGGAUGCCAACACCAAGCUGACACGGUCACUGCCCUGCCAGGUCUACGUGAAUCAUGGCGAGAACCUGAAGACCGAGCAGUGGCCCCAGAAGCUGAUCAUGCAGCUCAUCCCCCAGCAGCUGCUGACCACCCUGGGCCCUUUGUUCCGGAACUCAAGGAUGGUCCAGUUCCAUUUCACCAACAAGGACCUGGAGUCUCUCAAAGGCCUUUACCGCAUCAUGGGCAAUGGCUUCGCGGGCUGCGUGCACUUCCCCCACACGGCGCCCUGUGAGGUGCGCGUGCUCAUGCUCCUGUACUCGUCCAAGAAAAAGAUUUUCAUGGGCCUCAUCCCCUACGACCAGAGCGGCUUCGUCAACGGCAUCCGGCAGGUCAUCACCAACCACAAGCAGGUCCAGCAGCAGAAGCUGGAGCAGCAGCAGCGAGGAAUGGGGGGACAGCAGGCACCCCCAGGGCUGGGGCCCAUUCUGGAGGACCAAGCGAGGCCCUCACAGAAUCUGCUCCAGCUCCGCCCACCACAGUCCCAGCCUCAGGGUACUGUAGGGGCCUCUGGGGCCACGGGGCAGCCCCAGCCCCAAGGUACUGCCCAGCCCCCCCCAGGUGCCCCCCAAGGCCCUCCUGGAACAGCUUCUGGCCCACCCCCUCCUGGACCCAUCCUUCGGCCCCAGAACCCUGGGGCCAACCCCCAGCUGCGAAGCCUCCUCCUCAACCCGCCACCGCCGCAGACCGGGGUGCCCCCACCCCAGGCCUCCCUCCACCACCUCCAGCCACCAGGGGCUCCUGCACUGCUGCCCCCACCACACCAGGGCCUGGGGCAGCCCCAGUUGGGGCCCCCACUCCUGCAUCCACCACCUGCCCAGUCCUGGCCCGCACAACUUCCCCCACGGGCUCCACUGCCAGCGGCAAAACGAAAGAGAGAAGGAGAGGGCCGCGUGUUUCGAGAAAAGUGGGAGCGAGCCUAUUUCUUUGUGGAAGUGAAGAGCGUGCCUACGUGUUUAAUAUGCAAACAAAUCGUGUCUGUGUUGAAAGAAUACAACCUGAAACGCCACUACGAAUCAAAGCAUAGCAAGAGCUACGACCAGUACACAGAGCAGACUCGAGACGCCAUCCUCAGCGAACUGAAAAAGGGACUCAAAUGUCAGUAGGGUUUGUCUUGAAAAGCGAAUUAACAGAAGUGGUGCGGCAGUGGUACGCCGUUCCGGAAUCAUGUGAGAAGAAUGACCUGGGCAUUCAGAGCUACAGCAGAUGGCGAGUUGAUAAAGGAGCAGAGUGACGUGUCCUUUACAGAAACACAUGACUGUUGAGACCAUUAUUUAAGUCUAACGGGCAUUUGCAUUGCACAGUGAGUUGGAGAUAACUCGGGGGAUUUACAAGUCCAGUUGCUUGAAAGAGUCAAAUUGAUUGUGGCCUUUUCUUUCGCUGCUCAUAAACUAUUACCACCCAGUUAGCUUUAUUUAUUUGUGGUGUUAAGAAACUUGAUGUGACCGAAGAAGUCUGUGGCAUGGUGCCAAGGCGGGCCCAACACUGGGAAAGGACUCAUUUUUUUUUUUGUAUAUUGAGAGAAAAGAAAAGUUUCACAUAGACUGGCCAGAGUUCUGAAGCACAACUACAGACAGCUGUCAUGACAGGGGGACUUGACAGGACACCUUGAUCCAAGGUGACAGCAUUUGGCAAGGACACGGAAGUCGGGUCGUUGCAUCCGUCAUCAAAAGUUGACUUGUUCUGAGCAGCUGAACAGAACACACUGUGAUGCUCUCGACACUUCCGCUCCUGGGCCUUAGUCAUGAGUGAGUUGAUGAUGACUUGACCUGAGAGAUUUCACAGAAGCUCUGUGACUUGGUUGUGGAAGAAAUCGGAACUGUACAAGUUAAUCAGCUUGGUUCAUUUGAAAUCAAGCAAAAGCCACAGUGGGUUCCCCUGAGAAGGUUAGUCAAAGACUUCUGGUCAAGGUUAUGACCGUUCUGAACACUGAAUAUUUCUCCGCAAGGAUGUCCACAAACAGCUACUUGAAUGUAAGAUGGUAUAUUUUUGGUCCUGGCAAAAACAGGGAAUCCACCAGCAAGGAAAAAAAAUGUUUACUCUUUGCUACGCCACAGUUGGCUUUCAGAAAUGAAAGACGUGGCCCGGACUAUAUUCACCUACGUCCUGGGGUGGAAAACCAAAUUCCCCCAAAGGCCCUCGGAAUCCAGACUCAUGAGAAGGAAGAGACACUGUCCAGUUUGCCUUUGUUGGUAAAUGUUUCUUGUGUGAAUACAGACCAUAAAUAGUAAUUGAACUACGGUGCAAUAUGGCGCUGGUUC